GAAAGAGACAAUAUUCCAGAUGACUAGUAUCCAGGCAGGUGAAUGGAGUUAAAGUGUUACUAAACCCAGGACAAUGCAUUCACUAUAUCUGGUCUCCCCGGACCCUGCAUUCACUAUAUCUGGUCUCCCCGGACCCUGCAUUCACUAUAUCUGGUCUCCCCGGACCCUGCAUACACUAUAUCUGGUCUCCCCGGACCCUGCAUUCACUGUAUCUGGUCUCCCCGGACCCUGCAUUCACUAUAUCUGGUCUCCCCGGACCCUGCAUUCACUAUAUCUGGUCUCCCCGGACCCUGCAUUCACUAUAUCUGGUCUC